AUGCCCAAAGCCCUGGUAAUCACUGCGCCCGGUAGUCGCGACGUGGUGGAUCGCCCUAUCCCCACUCUGCCCGACGACUGUCUUCUGGUCAAGACAGUUAGUGUCGCUCUCAACCCUACCGACUGGAAGAGCGCCGACCGGAAACCUCCUGGACAAGUCAUUGGGAAUGAUUACUCCGGUGUUGUCGAAGAGGUCGGCAAGGGCGUCAAGAAAGCCUUCCGCAAGGGCGACCGUGUUUGCGGUUGGGUCCAAGGAUGCAAUUCUAACAAUCCGGAAAGUGGAGCCUUUGCUGAAUACUGCAUCCCCAAAGCUGAUCUUCAGAUCGCUAUCCCCGACCGUCUCAGCUUUGAGGAGGCUUCAACCCUCGGCUUGGGGACAAUCACGGUGGGCCAGGGCCUGUAUCAGAGUCUGAAGCUCGCACCACCAGAUGCCCCACUGGCCCAGCCUGAGUUGGUUCUCAUCUACGGUGGCUCCACAGCCACCGGUACUCUGGCCAUCCAGUUUGCCAAGUUGUCGGGGUACACUGUGUUGACAACUUGUUCGGCGCAAAACUUUGAUCUCGUGAAGAGUCUUGGUGCAGACGCAGUGUUCGACUAUAAAGAUGCGAAUGCAGUCCAAGCCGUCAAGGAUUACGCUCAGGAUAAGCUGUCGCUAGUCUUUGACACUGUUGCUGUUGAGUCUAGCGCUAAGUUCUGUGGCGAAGUGAUCUCUAGCAAGGGCGGCGAUUAUUCUGCCCUGCUGAAGGUGGCCGUUCCCCGAGACGAUGUCCGUAGUCUUUUCACCAUUGGAUACACUGCCUUUGGUGAAGACUUUGAUUUUGGCGGUGGUAUAAUCCCAGCCAAGCCGGAGGAUCGAGAGUUUGCGGGACAGUUUAUGAGCAAGGCAGCCACUUUCCUUGCAGAGGGAAAGGUCAAGCCUCAUCCUGUCAAGCUGGGGCCACGGGGACUCCAAGGGGUGGUAGAGGGUCUGCAGGAUAUGAAAGAUGGCAAGGUCAGCGGACAGAAGUUGGUGUAUAACGUGGCCGACACCCCAUAA